GGGCGCGGGAGCGGCGGCUGGAGACGAGGCCGGGGCCGGGGGGUCGCUCGCGGGUCCGUGGCGCCCGGGCAGCGAAGGGCGGGGCACGGCGGGCGUCGCGCAGUGCGCAUGCGCGGGGUGGCCCCUCUCCUCUCCCGCCCCCCGGUGCGAGCUGAGGCGGGGGAUCAUGGCCGAAGUGCACCUCAUUGGGCAGAUCGUGGGAGCCAGCGGCUUCCCCCGCAGCAGCCUCUUCUGCAAGUGGGGAAUCCACGCAGGUGGCGCCUGGAAGCUGCUGUCCGGCCUGCGGGAGGGGCAGACGCAGGUGGAUCACCCCCAGCUGGACGAUGUGGCCUACUGGUCCCACCCCAUCGACGUGCACUUUGCCACCAAGGGGCUGCAGGGCUGGCCCAAGCUGCACGUGCAGGUCUGGCACCAGGACGCCUUCGGGCGCCGGGAGCUCUACGGCUACGGCGUCUGCCACGUGCCCUGCAGCCCGGGCUGGCACGCGCUGGCCUGCGUCACCUGGCAGCCCCUGGGCUCGUGGCAGGAGCGGCUCUCCCAGCUCUUCGUGGGCGGGGGGCCCCAGCUGCUGCACAGCGACCUGAUCUACACGGGGGCUGACCGGUACCGCCUGCAGACCACCGCCGCGGGCACCGUGCACCUGGAGCUGGGUGUGGUGCUGCGCCACUUCGCCCGCUACGGGGUGGAGUGCUAGGGAGCGGGCAGGCCCCCCGCUGCAGGCAGGGCUCUAGGGAGCAGGCAGGCCCCCCUCCGUGGGCUGGGUGCUGUACGGACCCCCUGCCAUGGGGCAGGGCUCUAGGGAGCGGGCAGGCCCCCCUCCGUGGGCUGGGUGCUGUACGGACCCCCUGCCAUGGGGCGGGGCUCUAGGGAGCGGGCAGGCCCCCCUCCGUGGGCUGGGUGCUGUACGGACCCCCUGCCAUGGGGCGGGGCUCUAGGGAGCGGGCAGGCCCCCCUCCAUGGGCUGGGUGCUGUACGGACCCCCUGCCAUGGGGCAGGGCUCUAGGGAGCAGGCAGGCCCCCCUCCGUGGGCUGGGUGCUGUACAGACCCCCUGCCAUGGGGCGGGGCUCUAGGGAGCGGGCAGGCCCCCCUCCGUGGGCUGGGUGCUGUACGGACCCCCUGCCAUGGGGCGGGGCUCUAGGGAGGAGGCAGGUUCCCCAUCGCAGGCUGGGUGCUGUAUGGACCCCCUGCCUCGGGGUGGGGUGCGAGGGGUCUGCACGGAUCCUGCCCUUGCUGCAGGGUCGGGGGGGGGGCGCUGGGGAAGCCCUUGGAUCCAGGGGGGUCACCGCAAAGCCUUCCCCCCUUUAACAGUGUGGACAUUUCAGCUGCUUGAUGGGGCUCUUUUGUAAGAACGGGGCUGGGGGGGGAGUUGGGCUGGCCCGGGGGGGGGGAAGGGGCCAUGAGCUCUUUCCCCUCUGGUGGGCUGGUUUCAGUCUGUUUAUGUUUCAUGGGGGGGGCAGGACUUCUGGGUUCUUUCCCCUGCUCUGCCAUUGACCCUGGUGACCUGGGGCUGGCCCCUGUGCCCCCUGCCCUCUGUAACAUGGGGCAGCGCUGUGCGGGCAGGGCGCAGAGCCGCCGGGGGCCGGUGGGAAUUGGACCCAUCGCUGGCUCCAUGGGGAGCGCUGGGGGCUGGCGGGGGGAGGGAGUCCCCUCUGCCUCCUGCUCCCCAAAGAGCUCCCCCACCCGUCUUCCCCCGUCUCUCUCCCCUGCUCCCCAUUGAACAACCCCCCCUUAUAUAAAGAUCCUUUUGCACUAA